GGUCUGUAAGGCGCUGCCUUUUGAGUGGACCGUGACUUCCCUUUUGGAGGCUGCUGCUGUUUUGUGGCUCUCAAAGGCCACGUGCCGAGUGGGAGGAGAGCGGCCCGUCGGCCCUCGGAACUACCACUCCCGGCGUGCACGGCGCCGUGCGAGGGCCGACGGAGCCGCCCGUGUUCUCCCUUCUUUAAGGGGACGAGGCGCAUCGCGGAAGAGCCAAUGUAGGCAGAAGGCGGUGCCGUGCCGUCCUCCCCGGAGAGGGAAGUGGGCAGGCCGGCGUCCAACCCUCGCCUAGGUGCGUGGCGGAGCGCCGUUUCACGGACUGUGAUGCUGGGCUGCACGUCCAGAGCGCGGCCUCCUGCGGUCCGGUUGAAAAUGUGUGUCUAAAAUGCAAGCUGACUGUAGCAGAAGUCUCUGGACCACUGCACCCCGCUCCUUGUCCUUGGACCAUGAAGGUACUAGAUGAGAGUCUCUUCUGGAUGCUACUCCCAUUCCUUCACGUGCUAGUGAGCGCUGCUGAGCACGAGGAGGUGGCAAAACAUGCAAUCAAGUUACACCGUGGGAAGGGUGCCACUGCCAUUCAAAGGAAGCAAUGGGUUCUGGACAGCUGCAGGAGGCUCACAGGGCUCCUUCGGCAGAAGAAUGUGGUUCUGAACAAACUGAAAAAUGCCAUCAGAGCAGUGGAGAAGGAUGCUGGUCUGUCAGAUGAAGAAAAGCUGUUCCAGGUGCACACCUUUGAAAUUUUCCAGAAGGAGCUAAAUGAAAGUGAAAAUUCAGUCUUUCAGGCCAUCUAUGGACUGCAGAGAGCCCUACAGGGGGAUUACAGAGACGUGGUCAACAUGAAGGAAAGCAGCAAGCAGCGGCUGGAGGCCUUGAGGGAGGCCGCCAUUAAGGAAGAGACAGAAUAUGUGGAGCUUCUUGCUGCAGAAAAACAUCAAGUGGAAGCCCUUAAAAACAUGCAGCACCAAAACAAGAGUCUGUCCAUGCUUGAUGAGAUUCUCGAAGAUGUGAGGAAGGCUGCAGACCGUUUGGAGGAGGAGAUAGAGGAGCAUGCCUUCGAUGACAAUAAAUCAGUCAAAGGGGUCAACUUUGAGGCAGUUUUAAGGGUAGAGGAAGAGGAAGCCAGUUCCAAACAGAAUAUCACAAAGCGGGAAGUGGAGGAUGGUCUGGGCCUUAGUAUGCUGAUCGACUCCCAGAACAACCAGUAUAUCCUAACCAAGCCCAGAGAUUCAACUAUCCCACGCGCAGACCACCACUUCAUAAAGGAUAUCGUGACCAUAGGAAUGCUAUCCUUACCUUGUGGCUGGCUGUGCACAACAAUAGGAUUGCCUACAAUGUUUGGGUAUAUCAUCUGUGGUGUGCUUCUGGGGCCUUCAGGACUAAACAGUAUUAAGUCUAUUGUACAGGUGGAAACAUUAGGAGAAUUUGGGGUCUUCUUUACUCUUUUUCUUGUUGGCUUAGAGUUUUCCCCAGAAAAGCUGAGAAAGGUGUGGAAGAUAUCCUUACAAGGACCUUGUUAUAUGACACUACUGAUGAUUGCUUUCGGCUUAUUGUGGGGACACCUUCUGCGGAUCAGACCCACUCAGAGUGUCUUCAUUUCUACCUGUUUAUCCUUAUCAAGCACACCUUUGGUGUCCAGGUUCCUUGUGGGAAGUGCCCGGGGUGAUAAAGAAGCAGGUGACAUUGACUACAGCAUGGUGCUGCUUGGCAUGCUGGUGAUGCAAGACGUGCAGUUGGGGCUGUUCAUUGCUGUCAUGCCAACACUCAUACAGGCAGGAGCAAACACAGCUUCUAGCAUUGUCAUGGAAGUACUGCGAAUACUGCUUCUGGUUGGACAGAUUCUUUUUUCUCUAGCUGCUGUUUUUCUUUUGUGUCUUAUUAUCAAGACAUAUCUCAUAGGACCAUAUUACCGAAAGCUGCAUAUGGAAAGCAAAGGGAACAAAGAAAUCCUUAUCCUAGGAGUAUCGGCUUUCAUCUUUUUAAUGUUGACGGUCACAGAGCUGUUGGAUGUCUCUAUGGAGCUGGGCUGCUUCCUGGCUGGAGCAUUGGUCUCUUCCCAAGGGCACGUGGUCACCGAGGAGAUCACUGCUUAUGUCGAGCCAAUCCGUGACUUUCUGGCCAUCAUCUUCUUCGCAUCCAUAGGACUUCAUGUGUUCCCCACCUUUGUGAUAUACGAGCUGACUGUGCUGGUAUUCCUCACCCUGUCCGUGGUGAUCAUGAAGUUUGUAUUGGCAGUGCUGGUCUUGUCUCUCAUCCUGCCAAGGAGCAGCCAGUACAUCAAGUGGAUCGUCUCUGCAGGACUGGCACAAGUUAGCGAGUUCUCCUUUGUCCUAGGAAGUCGAGCACGGAGAGCAGGCAUCAUCUCUCGUGAGGUGUACCUCCUUAUACUAAGUGUGACUACACUCAGCCUCUUACUUGCCCCCGUGUUAUGGAGAGCAGCAAUUACAAAGUGUGUGCCAAGACCAGAGCGGAGAUCUAGUCUCUGACAGCAGCGGAUGUUAACUGAUUGUGGCAUUGGGACCCUACGUGGGACUGUGAGACCUGAAACUAUCUGUUGUUGCACCUUCCUGCUAGCCUCUCAUUGGCGACAGAGGACCACUAACAGAGGCAGUGCCCUCGUGUUUGCCUGCUUUUUAAAAACUCUCCUGUUGUGUUUAAGAAUUUUUCAGAGUAAUUUAUUUGCAGUCAAUUGAUUAUGUACAGAAUUAUAGCACUGCAUUUUAUAAAUCGCCUUGACUAUUUUGCCUGAAUGUGCCUUUUUUUCUUAAAAUUAUUAACUUCCUAUUGUUAAUUCAUCAGCUCAUGACUUUUUGGUAAAGAACAAAAGUUAGGAAGUUUUUUUUUUAAUUUAUUGUACAACUUUAGAAUUACAAUCAGUUGGUCAACUAUUUGUUAUUAAAUAUCUGCAAUAUGAGAAUUUAAUUCUAUUCUUGAGUUUGGCAACUUACUUUUGAGCCUUAAAGUCUAUGUUUUUUAGAUGAGAAAAAUAUCUUAGAUGUCUACUUGCCUGUUACAACUAUUUUAAAUAAAAGUUUCGUGUUGAUUUUUAUUA